AUGAUUUGAUCUCAUCUUUCAAGAGCAACCCGUCGAGUUGUUUGCUAUUCAAUACACAAAACGAGCAUGGCAAUCAAAAUCCAAUCUUUGCUUUUCUUGGGGCUCAUUAUAAGCUUUGUCUCUGCGGCUUCCGCCAUCGCAGGAACUGCCACAUAUUAUACCGUUUAUGUUCCAUCUGCAUGCUAUGGCUUCGAAGACCAAGGCGUCAUGAUCGCAGCAGCUAGUGAUGCUCUGUGGGACAACGGGGCUGCAUGCGGUAGAAUGUAUAGCGUUAGUUGUACAGGCCCUACAAACGAAGGGGUGCCACAACCUUGCAGGAAUGGUCCAGUCACGGUGAAGAUUGUUGAUCGUUGCCCUUCCCCUGGAUGCCAAUCAACCAUUGACCUCUCUCAGGAAGCCUUCUCCCAGAUUGCUGAUCCUGCUGCUGGAAAAAUCAACAUCGAAUACAAUCAGGUUUGAUUCUCCAUACAGAGAUCAUGAAUAAGCUGUUUCUAAAGCAAGCUAGAUUACUAGUAUUGAUAACAAUGUUGAAAUAACAAGAUCAAUCAUGGAAAUCUGGCAGUUUCCAUGGAUGAAAACGACCUGUACUCAGCGAAAUAAUACUUGUAAUUUUAAAUCAAUUAAAAUUUACUAAUUAUAUGUA